AACAAAUGGUUAAUCUUUGAAGCUUGUAUUACAGUGAUUGUCUCUGAUUUCGGCGUUGAUUUGUAUCCGAGAUAAAUUUAAAAGCGCGUAAGCAAUAUAAAAAUUUUUUAUACUGCAAAAGAUUUAUGUAAUAUUUUCUCCAACAGGAUACAGAUAAAUUUUUCAAGUUGCUCCGGUCUAACUACAAUACAAUUUGACUGACGAAACUUUAAACUUUCUUGCAUCUGCAUACUGGAAUAUAAUUCCACUACUAUGCAGCUAUAAUAAUAUAUAAUUAAAUCGAAAUGUAUUCGAUGGAUGCUCGGUAUUGUAUUUCUCAGCGCCUGAGGUCAUUCUGACGGGAUAUGAAAAUUGAGAAGUUUCUGUCACUCUGUAUCUUUGACGCAAAUUGUCAAAGGUUUGAAAGCAAUGGGCAGAAAGAAACUGCAAUGCAAAUGUAUGACGUGUUUGGUUAGUAGAGGAGACUGAAACAUAAACAAAAACACUUUCGAAGCGUUGUUAAGUGUCAGGUGUAAAUUGGUUUUGUUUCGUAAUGACCAGCAGAUGAUAGAUCAACAUGUCUGUCAGCAGGUGACGACUUUGGCGGAAGAAAGAAUAUUUGAGUGUUUUUAUUAAGAAACAAGAAAUGUCACCGUAUUGAGCUAAUUGUACAUGAGAAAUCUGUAAUCUGGACGCUAUGGCAGAGAGAUUUCCAUUUCCACAACAGAAUUUCCAGCAACAUAUGCCAAUGCCUGUUCAUAAUCCAGGAGGCAAUAUUUUACACUACCCGACAGCACCACUGUGGCAGCAGCAUCAUCAUCAUCAACAACAACAACAACAACAACAACAGCAACUUUUGGAAGACCAAAAGCAUAGGGAAUACCUUAAACAACAGCAGAAACUGAGGCUUAUUAGUUCUUCAGCCAACAAGGCUGUAAGUGCUGACAAACUCAUCGAAAAUCUGCUGGAAAAGAAAGAAACAUUCCAGCUGAAGUCAAAUACAAGUGCCAAUGCUUCUCAUGUUCAGGUGCCAGUACUUCCAGCUGGUGUUGCUGGUACAUCAUCUCUGCCAGCAAAUUAUGUAGCCGGAGCAUCAACAACACACAAUGUGUCUGUGGUAUCACAGCCAGUCCAUGACAGACAGAAACUUCCCACUUGGUUGACAGCGUGUUCAAACAGCCUGCCUCCUAUCUACAGCCAUGUGUGGUCACUUGUUUUGGGACCGAAUGGCCUGGCAGAUACUGGUCGACUGUUCCCAGUUCUUAUAACCAGUGGUUUAACUGCUGAUGUUUUGGGCCAUAUCUGGAGUUUAGCUAAUAAAGAGGUACCUGGACAACUCACAGAACUUGAGCUGUACACUGUACUUGCUCUGAUUGCUCUUGCACAGAAUGGGUGCCCGUUCAGCAGUCUUGGCGUAUUGAAUCUCAUACCUCAGGCACCUGUUCCUAACCUGAAUGUUGGUGUUGUGUGCCAAGCAACGGUUGCAGUGGAUUUGCAGUUACCUAGUUCCCAUAGCAAAAUGAAAAGAGAAGAACUGAAUUUGAAAUUAAAUUCUGAGCAUGAUAAUUCAUCACCAAGUUGUAUUGCAAAGGAGACAAAAACUGGAAAUGAAGACUCUGUUGAUGACUUUACUGAUUUCCAGAGUUUUACUGUGGGAACAUCUGUAACUGAAGGAGUUGUUAAUCCUGAUGCAAGCAACUCAGAUAAGUUGAGAUAUAAUUCACCUGUUAGUGACAGUUCAGUCCAGAAGAACCAUAGCCUUAAUACAGAAAGCAUAACUCACAAAUGUCCAAAUGUGAUCAUAGUUGGAAACACAAGUCAUUCACGAGGUAUUGGUAGCAGACUUGCCAAUCAUUCUCUUGGCACUCCAAAACAAAGCAAAAUGCGACAUAAACAUCACCAUCACCACCACCAUCAUAGUCACAAAAACAACCAGCUUCCCAUAAAUUCUGUGUCUCCAGCAGCAGAAGAUGAAUUUACUGAUUUCCAGCAGGCUGAAACUUCUCUGGCAGAAAAUAAUGUGGAGAAUAUGUCUUCAGGCACUACUUCAACCACUUCUCCGAGUGGUACAUAUGUGCUGAAAGAAAGUGCUAUAAGAGCAGGCAAAAAAUUAACUUCUGUGAUUAGCAGACUGGAAAGUUCAAAUGAAGUAUUAAAAGACAGAUCGAAGGAGCUUGUUACCUCUGGUUCAGAUACUAAUACUACAUCACCAAAUUACAGUGUUGUUAACACCCACAAUACAAAACAAGAUUUGGAGAAGCCAGUAGUUCAUCAAAAUAUGCAACAUGAGGAACAUUCUGUUAAGGAUAUGACUAAAAAAGUUAAUAAUGUGAACGAACUGAUGGCAGUUGAAGAAGAUAAAUACAGUGCACUCCGAGAACUAUCAACAGUAGAAAGAGAGUCACCACUUUUAAAUAACACUGGCAGUCUAGACUUGGCUGAUGAUUUUGGAGACUUUGUUACAGCAGAAGUGUUAAGUGAUGACUCUUUUGCUGCCAUUUCUUCAAGAGAUAGUAGUGGAGUAAACAAAGUACCACUUACUCCUCCGUCUGUAUUUAAUGCUUCUCAGACUGCAGAGUUUGCAGUGGAUUGGACAGCUUUUCACAGUUCAGAUCACACAGUUUCUAAAGCUGCUUCUGCUGUUCAAAGUAAAUCUGCUAGUGGUGCUAUGGAUAACAUUUUUAAUUCUCUGCAUACUGCACCGUGCAGUACAGAGAAAUUGCAUCUUGUGGAUACGCCAGUUUCAGUGAAGUGUUCAAGCUCUGGCCUCAGUGAAAUAGAUAUUUUUUCACCACUUAAAAACUUAAGUUUAAAUACCAAUUGUACUGCAGAAGAGAAAGUGUUAAGUGUGAGCAGUGAUCUCAAGAUCGAUGGAAAACAGUGCGAUACUAAUGACAAAUCAUUUCCUGAUUGCUUCCAGCUGGGCAAUAACUUCAACAUUAUCAAUAGCAAAGACAGUCCAUCAAAGGGAGCAUCGCUGUCUGUGCUUGAUGAACCUACCAGGACAGAUAUUUUAUGCAGUGAAGCAGUAGAUGAUGAAUUUGGUGACUUUGUUGGUACUGAUGUUAGUUCUGGAGAGCCAAGCAGUUGUGUGAGCAAAGAAUUCCCUUCUGACAAUCAGCCAUCUGCAGUAACCAAGGAUAUUUUAUAUGACACACAUUCUGUAAGCAGCUUGGAAUUUCCUACUUUCUCUCUUAGUAGACAUGGAUCACUACCAAGCUUGGACCUUAAAGUAUAUCCCUCAGGAUCUGAGCAACCUGGUGCUUCUCAUUCACAAAAUGUUUCACCACAGGCAGUGGAACACCAAGUCGCUGAAUGGUGUCGAUGUGUACAGAGCUGUCUGAGUCUUCUCCAGGCCGCCCUAAAUUUAUUUUCUUCAGUCACAUCUGAAGAAGUGUUAGAAGAAGUGCUACACAUUGGUGAAGGGAAAGAUUAUCUAAACAAUCUGUUGGAGGUUUAUGGUGUCUGUCAGAGGGUGAAGCAUGCCUUUAAACUUACAUCUGCUGAAUCAAAGAAGCUGGAAUCUCUGUUUUGUGAAGUUGACCAAGUUUGGGAUGGUCUUCGUGUAUAUUAUUACAAGGCUGAUAUCUCGGUCCAUCGGGAACUGCCAUCUUUAGAUUUCCCUGAUAAUCCUGUUUGUGGUAUAUGUCUCACAGCCAUGGAGGGAGGGAGUGGCAAUACAAGUGCUCUCGAAUAUGGAGGUCAGCUCUACCAUGCAGCAUGUGCCAAUCUAUGGGUCAAUUGUGUGGAGUGUAGUUUGCCCUGCUUGGCAAACUCAUUGCUGUGAACACACAAUUGCCUGAGAUGUUUAAAGGCAUCAGUAUUAUUUAUGUUUAAUGAAAAUAGUUUCUGUUUUGUUAAAAGCUGUACUUAACGUAUUGUGAUUGUUUACUUUAUUCUGUGAAACGUGUAGCCAUGUAUAAUUUCACAUAAAUUUGUGAGUUGACGCCACAUAUCUGCAAAGACUUUUUCACCUAGUCAUGUAGACAAUAUACUGUGAUGAGUUGUAAUAAUCAGGUUCUGGAGACAAUAUAUUAUCAUAGCAAUUCCUCCUAUAAGGGAGUGCAACAUAUGAAUGAAGUGAGUACCCAGUGCUGUUUUGUAUUCUGGAGGAAUGUGGCACAUGGUACUAUUAUGCCGAAAAUGAGUAAUCUUCACUGUAGAGAGGUGAUUUAAUUUCUGACUAGAAGAAGGUGAAAGGUCAGUUUGAGAUUCAGUGAAAUUGUUGAUAGUUUCUGAAAUAUUUAUUUUUGUAGUGUUAGUGCUAAUUAUUGGCUCUAAAAAUUCAUUAGCUGUUAUCACUUUUAGGUGUGACUAUUCAGGAAAGGAGAAUGAAGCUUCCAUAAUUUUGCGCUGUUCAUCUGCUAUUCUUAGGAGUCAUCACAAAUUAACUGUCCUCAGAAACUGAUGGUGCAGUAAUGAAAACUUUACUUUUCACAUCAACAGACAGUAAAAUCAUGUGAUCAAUUUCUUAUCUCUCAAAGUUGUGUCUGCAUUUUUUCCCUCCUCAAUUAAAUCAUUAUAUCUAUUUAUUUUGUGAAUGAUGGUAACAUUUGCAAGUUGUGUAGAUGUCUAGUGCAACAUAAAUUGAUUUCGUUAAAGAUAUGUUGUUGGUAAGGAAAAUAUGAGUACGAAGAAUGUGAUUUUUGGUUCAUUAUAUUAAAGAAAGCUUAUCAGAAAGACUUUUUAGUUUUUGAAAGUCAGCUACACAGAGUUACUCAAAAGUACCUCCAGGUUUUCAGUAGAUUGCGUUGUGGAAACUACAAAACAUACAGAUAAUAGAUACACAUCAGUGGAUAGAGCAUCUCUCCAAGUUCUUAACUCACAUUACAUUCAUUUUAGUGAAUAACUGACUCAGUUUUGGAAAUUUUCGGUGCAAUUUUUUUUCCUGGUUUAAAUUAGUAGAUUAAUUCAUUGAAGCCUUUUUUCGACUCUGUCAUGACAAUACUAGGAAUAUUGCUUAUGGUUUUUUAAUGUUUUCUGUACUACCAUUUCAAGUUGUAGCUUCACUUAAACUGUCUUGACUGAAAAUGUGGCAUAACUGCUGGCUCAUGGGUCUGAAAACAAUCCUCAGGUGGAAUGAAAUGCACCACUAGUAUUCGAACUUUUUGCUUUGAAAUGUGAACCAUUAUAUUAAAUGUUACUCAAUUUAGUCAGAAUUGCUGUGUGCCCAAAAUACAUCAGUUCUUACAAUUAAUUUGUAAUUGUUUCUUCUGUCUCUUUUAUGUUAGCUACGAGAUUUACUUAAUACUUCCCAGAACAGACUUUGUAUUUGCUGUAAUAUUAAAAUAGUUGGAUAACCUUUAGCAAAAGACUUCAUGAUUAUUUUUACGGUUGGAUUAUUGUUUAGUCAUGCAUAUGAGUAAUGUUUUUUUUUUCGUUGGUGCAAAUAUGUUGCUUUUAUUUCAUGCCACUUAUAAUUUCAGAAUAGUUAAACAUCAAUUUUUUUCACCAUACAGUGAAAGCUUUCACACAGAAAAGCUUAAACAGAAAAGAAAAAAAGAGUUUAAAUUAACAAGUUAGUGGUCUUAGUGCUAACUAAAGCUGACAGCACCAAUUCUUCACAGUACUGCCCCCAUAACACACUUUGAUGCAACCCUGCAAUCUUAUCAGUGCUCAGAUGAUGUCACAACCUGAUCAUUGCACUAUUGCAUAUAAAUAUGAUUCAGCUUAAUAAGCUCAUUUAGGUUCAAAGAUAUAAACUGUGUCUUUAUAGCCAAAUAUCUCCAGCAUAAGAAGAAUAAAUGUUAGGCACAGAAACAUUCCGUAGGCCACAGCAUAUUUCCUAUAUGACAAAAAUUGCCAAAAAUUCCUAUUUUUGUUUUCAUCUAAUUAGUAUGUUGUGAUCCUGUAAAACUUGCUGCCAGGUUCCCCCCUCCCCACCACCAGAUUCAUUUAUAUACACAUUUCAGUCUCAGUACAGAGGAAAAGGAUUGCAGUUAAUUCCCUACAAAUAAUGGAGUUUCAGGUCACUUGGUGGAGGGAUUUUUUUGUCAUCUUGCUGAAGGAACCAAUCUGUCAUUCACCUAAAAUGACUUAGAGUAAACACAAAAAUAUGACUCAGAAUGACUAGAUGGGGGUUUGUAUUCCUCUUGUCCCACCAGUGCAUUGUAUCACCCAUUGUGUUCUCUCACCUGAUGUUUUGCAAUUAAAAUGCCUGAAUUAUGUGAAUGCAGUGUAGUGGUUUCUUUCAGAAGAUAAUCAGUGUUCAUUAUACUUUUGAGUUGAGUUUUAACAACUUCUUCCCUUCAAUAUAAACUGCAGACCUACUACCACCAUUAACUGAAGGUAUGAAAAUAUGUGGUCAUAACCAUCUUGAGGAACCCUCUCUGUUCCCACCUGAAAUUUGGUAUAACGUGUUUAUGUUGUGCCAUGAAGUAAGAUGCCCCCCCCCCCCCCCCCCCCCACCACCACAGACACAUUUUAAUUACACAUCUUUAGGAAUGGAUACGCUAGGCAAAUGUAAGAAAGAAAUGUGUUUUCCAAUUGCACCAUAAUUUGUUCACUGUGGGAAGUGGACUUAUAUGUGGUAGGAACAUAAAAUCUACAUUUGAUUUUCCUGAUACAACACUUUGUUAUGAUGUGGAACAUACCUGUUUAAUGAAAGGUUUCUUUACAUAAUAUAAUUCAGUUUUUUUGAUUGAUUUUUUAAUUAUUGUAAAAGUACUAAUUUAUAUCUAAAAAUUCAUCUAUGAGUAGGAGGAGUUGUCAUUCAUAAAUUCUUUUAAUUUGUUUCUAAAUGCUGUUUGGUUAUCUGUCAGACUUCUGAUGCUAUUCGGUAGUGAUCAGAGACUUUUGUGGCAGCAUAAUUCACCCCUUUCUGAGACAGAGUUAGAUUUAACCCAGAGUGGUGAACAUCAGCCUUUCUCCUAGUUUUGUAGCUAUGCAUAUUGCUAUGGGUUUUGAAUUGGGAUGUGUUAUGAAUAACAAAUUUCGUAAGUGAAUAAAUAUGCUGUGAAGCUACUGUGAAUAUCCUUAGUUCCUUAAAUAAAUGUGUGCAAUGUGAUCUUGGGUGGGCUCAAGCUAUUAUUCUGAUUAUGUGCUUUGUGUGAUGAAUACUUUUUCCCCAUAAUGAUUAAUUAUCCCAAAACAUGAUGCCAAAUAAAAGCAGUGAAUGAAAAUAGCCAUAGUAAGUUUGUUUAAAUUUAUUUUUAUUACCAAAAUUUUUGAUGACCAUAAGUCAUCAAUAGCUGAACACAACUGUUUCAGCAGAUCAUCAGUGUGUUUCUUCCAAUUCCAUCUCUCAUCAGUGCACACACCCUAAAAUUUUGAAUAUUUUGCCUGAGCUACAGUCUUAUGUACAGAGUCUGCAUUUAUUAAUGGAGUUUUGCUGUCAUUGUACAGAACUAUAUAUAUUGUGUUUUAUCACAUUUAGUGAGAGUUUGCUCGCAGAGAACCACUUAAUAAUUUUCUGAAAGACAUUAUUUACAAUUUCCUCACCUCAUUCUUGUGUGUUUGGUGUGAUUACUGACAAUAUCAUCAGUAAAAAGAAGUUGCUUCAGAUCUUAGUGAAUAUAAAGUGGCAAGUCAUUAAUAUAUAUGAAGAAUAAUAAGGGACAUGAGACUGAAUACCAUUCUUGUUACCUCUCCAGUCUGAGGUUUCUGCUGAUUUUUGGACAUUAUGUGAAUUGUUUAUUUUGAUGUUCAGCACUCUUCCAGUUAAAUAUGAAUUAAACCAUUUGUUCACUGCCCCACUCAUACCACAAGCAUAUCUAGCAGAAUUCUGUGACUUACACAAUCAAAAACCUUCGAGAGACCAUAAAAAAGAACCCUUAUGGCAAUGUUCAGUUAUUUAGAGCAUUUAAUAUUUGAUCAGUCAAGACAUAUAAUAUAUGCUAUAUUAAAGCAUUUAUUCUGCAAAACCUUUCUGAAAACCAAACUGACAUUUUCUUAGUACUUUAUUUUUACAAACAAGUGAAGCUACUCUUAAAUACAUUACUUUUUCAAGAAUUUAGGACAAAGCUUUCAGAAGUAAGAUUGGGUGGUAGGCAGACAUAUUCCCCUUUUUGUGCAAUGGUUUAACAAUAGCACAUCUCAGUCUAUCAGGAAAAGCACCCUGUUUCAAUGAGCUGUUACAUUUGUGGCUGGGAAUCCUACUUAUCUGUUGGGACCAAUCUUUUACAACUCUAUCAAAUUGCAUAGGUGUUGCCUCUUCUAUAUAAGCUUUGCCUUUCCUAUUGAACAUCUGAAUCCUGUUUUCUUCACAACAUUUAAAAAAGAUUAUUAAAAUAUUUUCAACUUCUGAAUGUUGUUAGUAAACUUUUCAUUUAGUUUGAUGGUAAUAGUCAUAUUGUUCUCUUGGUUGCCGUGUUUCCCUUUCAACAAUAUUCGAAAUUAUUUUAAUUUUGUUAGCAAAGGUGCUAAUUGCAGACAUAGUACACAUACUUCUGAACUUUUUGGUAGCUUUCCUUUAUACAGGGUGUUUGGGGAGAAAAGGUCAAUAUUUUACACAGUGAUAAUAUAAGUAAUUCUGAACAAAAAAUAUUUCAUGAACAUAGGUCCACAAAUGCUUCGUUAGGGAUGUAUGGGUAUUGAAAGGAACAUUAAUUCUGCAAAAUUGAUGUGCACAAUGUGAAGGUAUACGCAAUACAACUGGACCGUAAUGUGACUUUGUUAAAAACAAUGUUACAGAGAAGUACAGUUAAGUUACACAUUUUUACAUAAUGUUUAUUUACUAUGCAUUUAGUACAUAAUGCAUUACAACAUACAUGUUACAUAUAUUCAGUUGAAAAAGACGUACCACAUCUUUUACAAAUGGCUUUAACACUUACCGUACAGAUGAUAUACAGUUCACAGAACAGGUUCAAAUAUCCCACCAUGAACGUCAAUGCAAUUUUGCGCUCUAGCGAUAACAUAUGUUGCUUGUUCAGUUGCCUGUGGUUGGUUCCUAAUCAAUUUAGCAGCAUUCAUGAUGCAACAAAUCACUUCAUCUCAUGUAUUUACCUUCACUUUGUGCACCUCUGAUUUCAUCCAGCCCUAUAAACAGAAAUCUAAAGGUGUAAGGUUAGGUGAUUUUGGAAUCCAGUUCAUAGCACCACCAUGGCCAAUCUAGGGAUUAGGGUUGGUGCGGUUGAGGUGGUCUCUCACACGUAAGGUAACAUGUGGAGGGGCACCAUCAUGUUGAAAGUACAUUCCAUUUCACUUAGCUAAAAUAACAUCUUCCAAUAGUUCCACAAAUGAAUUUUCCAAAAAACACAGGUACCUCUCUCCCGUCAAUUGCUGAUUGAUAAUAAAUGGACCUAUCGAAAGGUUACCGAUCAUGCUGCACGAAACAUUUAUGGCAAAACGAACUUGGAAAUUGCUAUCCACUGAAGUGUGUUUAUUUUUCCGUGACCAUUGAUGAUUAUUGUGUGUGUUGUUUAUUCCAUGUCGUGAAAACUGGGCUUCGUCAGUGAAUAGUGUGCAUGGAAGCAAAUGACUAUUCUCAAUUACCCAGUGACAGAAUUGAAGUCGUUGGACAUUGUCACCAAUGUGGAGAUUUUGGACAUGGUGUAUGUGGAAUGCAUACAGGUUUUCCGCAUGUAAUGUUUCCCAUACACGUGUCUGUGGGACAGUCAUGUGCAGGGACAUUCUUUGUAUGCUUGUACUGGGACUUCGAGCAACACUUGCGAUAAUUUCUUCCUGUUCUUGCAAAGUUUGUUGACGCGCAUGCUCGGAUGAAAAAUGUUUACUUGUAAAAGAGCCUGUUUCAGGCAAAGUGAUAAACAGUUUGGUAAACACCCAGCAAUCAGGUAAUCGUCAAGUCGGAAAGCGCCUGUGGUAUUCUUCUUUUGCAGCAGUACACUAUCGUCGCAGAAGCCAUAAACAUACACCAUAUCUGCAUAUUGCUCAUUGCUGUAGAUGUGUGGCAUUGUUAGUAGCACUUGUACGAACACAGUUAAUGCCAUAGACUACACAGCUAACAGAUCUGUCACUGGUACACUACACAAUUCAGCUUACAUGGCACAACUACAGAAACAAUGGGUGAUUGUACUACGUACAUCACAUGACCAUAAUAUGUGGUAGGUUGCAUAGUGUAAACAUGGCAUGUACCCGUGCAUUGUUUGCAAGAAAAUCGUGUUACAGCCCAGUUGUAUUGAGUAUACGUUCAUGUGUGCACAUCAGUUUUGCAGUUCCUUUCAAUACCCAUACCUCCCUAAUGAAGUAUUUGUGGACCUAUGUUCAUAUAACAUUUUUUGUUCAGUAUUACUUAUACUAUCACUCUUUUAUUGACCUUUCCUCCCCAAACACCCUGUGUAGUACUGUAGUUUACACAACAUUAGACUGUUUCCAGGUCAUUACUUGCUAUUAGAUACAUUUCCCAUUACUGUGUACAAGAUACAUUUAUCCCUUUAGUAAGACAUGAUUUUUAAUGUGGUUUCUAACAGUUUAAUUUUACUGUUUCCUUAGGGAAACUGUUUUCAAUUAUACUCACAAGCAUAUCAUGAAAUAAGUUAUAUUUUAAGUAAACAUCAGGAUCUCAGUACACUUCAUCCCAGCCUAUCUGCUGCAGGCUUUCCCUAAAAAUUGCAAUUAUUAUUUAGUUCAAGCUCACAGGCACAUGCUUCUGUAUUUUGCUCUACACUUUUUUUUUAAAUUUUUCACACUAUGAUAACAUUUAAGAUGUAUGACAGUUCCUCCUUUCUCCAUCUAUGACUAUAUGAUGAUCAGACAGGCGUACUACAUCUAUUGCUUCCUCAGUUUUUAAAUCUUCCAAACAAACAAGAAGCUCUUCUAUUUAUCUCCAUCCCCUGAUAUUUUGAUGCGAUACGCUAAACAUUAUUUUUCACUGAACUUAACAUCUUGAGUACCUGCCUGCCUUAAUUCCUUUCAGUAUUGAAUCACUGGACAUUGGUCUCAGCCUAAAAAAGAGGUACUCCCAUGCAUUGCGAAGCCAAUUACCAGUUUACAUUUCCCUUCCUUAUUGAGGUGGAGGUCCUGCCUAGUGAAAUCCAUCUUACCAAUAGUAUCAACAAGAACCAGACCCAUAUCUGACCCACUAGCCACCUGAAGCAGCUGAUCUGACUCCAUAUUGACCCUCCUAACAGAACUGUUCAAUUGGAGCUGAUAAUACCACAUGAAAACAUGCACCAACCCAAUAUUUGUAUGCUUCGUUUCAGAAGCUAUUUUUAUCGGAUCACUCUCAAUAUUAUGGCCCUGAUCCCUGAGCUCCACCCACUGUCACAACAUGAUCCUGCGUUGUAAAGCCCUUGCACAAGGAUCCUACAUCAUCUACCACUUGGCUCAGACAUGCAGUGUGCUUGAAAAAGUUUGUGGCAUGUUACCGGACCACUGAUUUUUCUGCAAAAUCCACACCACAUUUUUCCAUGGUUACUUCCUAACAACAGAACAUUCUCUCUACUUUCUACUUUUGUUCAAAUAGUUGGUUUCCUGAUGAAAUUUUGUUGGGUAUUACCUACCACUAUGUUUACUUGUGCCAGUGAGGAAACUAUCAGAUCCUGUUCUCUUUCUGUGGCCCCUGUUCCCUGCUACAAUUUCCCACUUAUCUUCACUCUUCUCCCCUCUUAACCCCAUCAGUUCCUCACUAGCACUCUUCAGUUCAGUCUUAAGUGCCCUCAUCUCCCACUCUUGUUCAACUUCUUUCCUGUCUCUUCACUAUAUGUUGCAAUCCAAUGGAAGAGACUCAUUUGCUUCUACAAAUCCGAAGCCCCUACACGCCCCCAUCCCCUCCCCCACCCCCUCCCAGUGCAGUCAUCUGUCACAAGAGCUGCAUAGAACUACAGAAAUAACUUAUCUACAGCAGCUCAGACACUUUGUACUCAUGGUGGUUUACGAAAUUAUUUACAAAAUAAUCAUAUAUUCUAUUAACUACAGGAGAGACAAAAGCAGUGCAGGACACUAAUAUAUGUAUGUGCUGUUAAUAUAAUAGCAUAUUGCACUUAAAAUUAUAUUAAAAUGCUAAACUUGUACACUGAAAAAUUAGGCCUAAAAUCACUUGAGCGUGAUAUAGACUUUAUGCAUUUUUAAAAGAAAUAAAAUAUAAAACUUCAAGUCUUUAAUUCCCUGAGUAGAUGAGGAUCUAGUAUAUAUGUGUGAAACAAGAACUACCAAAAUUCUGCGCUUGAUAGACAAACGUUUUGUUUCUCUUGUUUGAGUGUAAGUUAGAUCUGUAACGUAGCGUGCACUUUUACUUUGUACUUUGUGUUGGUUUAAGGACCUAUUCAGCAUGUUUUUUGUCAGUAAUAUUUGGUUGUUCAGUAGUUAUGUAAAUCUGUUGAACUUCUACGGAAAAUUAACAGAACUAGCAUUGCUAGCUGCGAGAUUGUGACUGUUGAUCCCAGUGUAUGGAUAUGCUCUCUCUGUUGUUGUUAGUUAUGCUAUUUGCCAACUUAACUGAUGAAAUGUUAUACCUUCAAAACAUAGUAUUUCUGUUUUGUUUUGCUUAUACAUAUAAUCUUUUCAGUUUUCUGUUUAUCAUAUUUUUAUUCUACAUUUCAUUCUAUUGAAAAAAACAUUGAAUAUAUUUUUGUAGUUCAACACAUUAUUUCACAGUUGUUUAACUUAGCAGGAUCUAAUUGUGACUUUCCACAUGUUUUCAAGGACAUCUUUUUCAAUAAUUUUGUUUAAUUCUGCAAACUCUAUAACAUUCACUUUACUGAACCUGUAACCUCCUCUUUAAGUGUUUCAUUUCAGAUUUUCUUUUCUUUUGCCAUCUAAUAGUUGAAAACCUUUUGCUGAUUACAUCUUUAAUCUGUAUCUAGGCGUGAAAUUCCCAAGCUGUUGCUUUAUAUAAUUGUUGCUUUAUAUAAUUUAGUGUCCUUUCAUAUUCUUAAAUAAUUCUUCACAAUUUUGCAUCUCUGUUCACCUGCCUGAUGUGUUCGUUACUUUCUACCUUUGUAUUUCUUUUAUAUGCAGCUUACUGGUCUCUGAUAACUAGAAAGUCUAAAAUUGCAUAUAUAGAGGAAAAUAAAAAAAAAAAUAUUAUGGAUACUUCAGUUGCCAUGGCUUACAAUACACAUGCCCAAAAAUCAUAAAAAGAAAUUUUGUUUAUACAACUUAAAUUGAGCAGAAACCAUGAACAUGGGAUCCCCC